UAACCAUUAUUCAGGGAUGUGAGAGUUCCGCGUUUCCGCGAAUUUCCGCGUUUUUAGAUCGCCCCGUCGCGUUUUUAUUUUCUCCAUUGAAAAAAUCCGCGUUUUGCCCCAAGACAACUUAUUACUUUAAGGGUCUGCGAAUGCGAGACUAAUACAAAAGCAAAAGCGCGCGCGCGCGCCUGCUUCAAAGAUAGUACAGCGCCUGCAUCGAGUAUUGCUAGCUCAGCGCGCCGCGUGCGCCGGGCGUACCGUGCAUUUCGAUCGCUAUACUAUCUACGGUACGGUGUUUGCAUUGAUUCACAUGUCUUCGUGCAGUGUGCUAUUGAUUUUUGUUACGAUAUUUCAAUCAGAAUCGGCGUUCUCUUUUGGAAAUAUGUAUUACUUUCAAAGAAAAUCUGUGAAAUAUGAGACAACAUGGCAACUCGAGAUCGGAAUUUUAUUGAGCGAGGAACGAAAUUGGACUCGGAAUCAUUGGAGGAAGAUAAGCGGGAUCCACUGGUUAAAAAUCCAUGGAAAUGGUCUUGGAUGGACUUCACGCACAAAGAUCAAAAACUUUCUCACUCUUUCCGUCUUGUAAAAAAAGCUGGCUACGCCGUGUGCGUAGUGUGUGAUAAGGAGUGCAAAUAUGGUUCUCGUGGACGAGUUUCAUUGACUGAUCAUUUGGACUCUGUUGCACACCAAAAAGUUUUGAAACUGAGAGCAGCAAAUACUUUACUUCCAGGUCAAAAACAACCAAUGACUACUACAUCAACAUAUGGAAUUCACCCCAUGUUCAAAAAACAAUUGGAUAAGCAUGAACAACAGUUGAAAGGUGGACUCUCUGAGCCAAAUGUGUCAUUGCCCGACAGACAGGCAUAUGCAGAAGCAACCAUACUUGCGUUUACAGCUGAACAUUCCCUGCCAUUUUCAAUCGUGAAUGAUCUUAUUCAUCUUAACCAAGAACUUGCCAAAGAUAAACAAGUGCUCGAAAAUUUAUCAAUGGACAGAACUACAGCUUCGUAUAAGAUGACCCAUGGAUUAUCAAAAACAUUUCAUGAAGAACUCAUUGAGGAUUUGAAAUCCUCUCACUUCUCACUGAAUAUUGAUGAAUGCACAAGUGAGACAAAUCAACGCGUUGUAACUGUCCUAGUCAGUUAUUUUUCAGAGAAGGAGAACAAAGUAGUCACAAAACAUCUGUCAUCUUUUAAAGUAGUGACCGUAAACAGCGAGACUCUGUACAAUCAUUUAGUAGCUCUAUUUGAUAAGUAUUCCCUUAAAUGGGAGAACUUGGUUUCUAUUUUGAUGGACUCUUGUGCCGUCAUGCGCGGUUCAAAAAGUGGACUUGAAACACGCAUUAGAAGUAAGAAAGCUCCUCAGUUGCUUGACAUAGAUGGAGACUCAUGCCACCACGCACAUAAUGCUGCAAAAGCCUUCUGCCAUGGAUUUGAUAACUACAUCGAGGGACUUCUCAAUGACAUCUAUACUGAUUUCAAGUGGUCCAGUGACCAAAAAGAGGUCUUGCGUUUCAUCUGUGAUGCACUGGGCAUCAAAGCAACAAUUCCAGAGCGAUAUGUGCCCCAUAGGUGGCUUUCUGUAUACGAUGUUUGUGUAGAUACAUCUCGAUUGCUAGAUGCUCUGAUACUUUUUUACUAUCCCUUUUUGUCUGGAUCAGACAGUUCAACUUAUCUCCCAGUUGUUGAUAGCAUGUAUCAAAAACAUUCAAUCAGUGAAUCAGUAAAGAAGGAAAUCUGUAAACAUCAGUCUAAAAUGUCAAAUAAGACAAAAACAAUGACCCAGGCUGGAAAAGACCGUAAGAAGAGGAUUGUGAAGAAGCUGUUCCAUACCCCGAGUAAAACCAAAGUACUUCUCCACAUUUACACCUCCAUUCUUCCUAUGCUCAAGAAGUAUGUCCUGUAUUUUCAGUCUGUGACACCACUUGUCCACAAACUCAAUGACAAACAGCAGGAUUUACUGAAGGACUUUCUUGUAUGUUUCAUUAAACCUGAAAUCUUGAACACACAAGCCUUGCAUAAAGUAAAUGUGAGUGAGGAGAACAUACUACCUGACAAUGCGGUGUUCCUCGUCAGGUACAUCAAGGAGAAUUUACAGGGACCUGCUGCAAGUGAACUAGUGAACAAGCUAAAGACUGCAUAUCUGAAAUGUGGUCAAACCUUACAGAGAAAGAUGCCAGUGAACAACAAACUGCUGAGGUGUGCUUCAGCUAUUGAUCCAGCAUGUAGAGGCCACACAAUCACACUCCAGCGCUUACUCCAGCUACCACAAUUAGUGGCAUUUGCUCUGAAAGAUGUGCAAACUCAUGAAUAUGAGAAGGAAGCAAGGCAGUAUAAUACAGACAAAGAAAUUGUUAAUACAGAAGAGAGAAUAGACAUAUUCUGGAGUUCAUUACGAGAGAAAUAUCCAGUUAUGACAAGAGUGGCACUGGCACUGGUUAGUUGCUUUCAUGGACCACAGGUGGAGUCAUCUUUCAGUAUAAUGGGGAAUGUUCUAAACACUGAAAGGCCCAACUUGCACAUUGAAACAUUUUCAUCCAUACAAACAGUGAAGUAUGAGUUAACAGCAAGUGGAAAAUCAGGAAUCAGAUAUUUCAGAAGAAAAAAUUACCUGAAAGAUCAGGUAAAUCCCAAACUCUGCAAGAAUAUGAGAUCAGCAUACAAGUCAUAUGUACAGGAAAAGGAACACAAGUCUGGAAUGUCACAAACUGUACCCAGAAAGUCUGCUUGUCCUUCAAAGAAACAAACUAAGGAGAAAGCAAUUGAAGAUGCUGACAAGGCACGGGUGGAGCACACACAUAAACUGAUGAAGAAAGUGGAGAAAAGGAAAUCUGAAAUGCAUGAACUACCUUCUAGUAGCAAAAAAGUACUGAAAAAAAAAUGACUGGAGUAAAGAACUAGCAAAUGAGAAAUACUUAGAGCAUCAAAUACUUAACUUUAGGUACGUUAAUCAUUUUUUAUUGUAGACCAUAAUAGAAGAUGUUUCUGGAUUUGGUAUCAUAUGGAAUGGUGAAGAAAUUUAGUAAAUGAUGCUCUAUGUACUCUAUUAUGUAUAUUGUAAAUAAUAUGGAAAAUUAAAUGUUUAAAACAUUGUAAAAUUAUAAUCUUACCCCUAUGAAAUAGUGUUUUCUCUACAUUUUAAAAUGCAAAAACCUCUGGUUUCGGGGGGCUUUGCCCCCUCGACCCCCAUUAGGGGCUUUGUUCCUGGACCCCCAGCCAUUGGGUAUGAGUCUGCUCGCUACGCUUUGCAAAUCUCCUCUUUUUUUAGUUUGCUGCACUCACAUCCCUGAUUAU